AUGGCCCCCUUCAAACCCCUCCUCCCAAACAUCCCAACCUCACACGCCCGCAAAGCCACCUACAAACCCUCCACCACAGAGCUGGAACCCCGCGAAAAUGCCCCCCUCCCAAUCCGCCGCCCCUCACCAACCGUGAUCCUCCGCGACGGCCUCACCCUCUCAACCUGGCUGCUGGUCGGCGGCGUCCUGCAAGGCCUCGCAAUCCGCACAAUGGGCUACAAGUCGCUGCUCCCGGCCGCAUUAAUACUAAGCUACCGCGCGCUCGACACAGCCCUAAUGACCCUGUCCCUAAAGAAAAACCACUACAUGGACGACGUGAUCAUGCGAAAAUACAGCGCGCAGUAUCCCACCAACGGAUCCUUCGCCAGCACAACAAACCCAAACACCGGGCAAGAAGACGGCGACCCGGCCUCAACCCCGCUCGUGGUCUUCCACCUCGGCGCAAAAUGCAACCACCCGCUUGGCCUCCUCGCGCCGGGCUUCAAAGAGCUCGGCGACUGGGCGGAGAGACUCUACGAGAGUCUGCGGGUGAACCCGAGCAAGUACGGACUUUUGGGAAUGACGCGGUUCGUCGGCGCCGCGGAGGCGAGCGGGAACGAGACGCUGAGCGUGAUGUAUUUCCGGGAUUAUGAGGGGCUGCAUGCGUUUGCGCAUGAUUUGAUGCAUGCGGAGAGUGUGAGGUGGUGGUCGGGCAUCGUGAAGCGGCAUCCGCAUUUGGCGAUCUGGCAUGAGACGUAUGUUGUGCCGCGCGGGUGCUGGGAGAAUAUCUAUGCGCAGGCUGGGGUUACGGGGAUGGGGGAUACGUUUUUCCCGGUUGUUGAUAAGGAGGGGGAUGGGGAGGUCAAGGAGUGGGCGAGGGGGGUUGUGGAUGCGCGGGGUGGUGCGUUGAGGACGGGGUCGAGGAGGUUGAGGAUGGCGCAUUUGGAGGAGAAGGAGAAAGAGUUGGAGGGGUAUUAUGAUAUGACGGAUGGGGGCGGAGCGUUUGAUGAGGUUGCUCAGUAA